AUGCGUUACCGGGGAAACAGAUGCGCACGUUCGCGCUCGGACCUGUUGUUUGUAGGAUCAUCAAGCUCAGCGUUUCUGCAAAGCUACGGGAAUAAGUGAGUUUUUCCUGGAUUGGAUCACGUUUGGAGCAUCACUCGUGCGCUGCGCGUCUCCGCCGCUCAUCAGAUGAUGCUGCUGCGUGUUCACGGGUCCUCCUCCGGUACCACCGGCAUUACUCACGCACCGGCGGAGUGAGAACAGCUGAAGAUGAUACUCAGAUGAACAGGUCGGGGAAACUUUUUUCUGGAAGAUGUUCAGGGCAGUUUGGAUAUCUGAUGGCCGCGGCGAUGAGUUUGUUUAACGCAGCGGAGAAGGGAAUUUAACAGGUGCGUAAUUAUCACUCGAGCAUGAAUCCCACUGGCUUCUUGCGUCUUCUCCAGUUCAGAAGCUCUCUGGAGAUCACGCGGGGAGCGCGCUAGUUGAUGGCACUGCGCGCCGGAAGGACUUUGUUGUGGUUCGGGCAGGUUUUUCGCAGAGUUUCGCGGCUGCAGGGCUUGUGGUCCCGGCGCUCCAGCAGUCUGCUUUGUCUCUCCACCAGCCAGGACCACGAUCAAGGGACCUGUUACAACCGCAACCGGUGUCCGAAGACGCAGCAGCACUGCCCCUAUCCGCCCUUUACAGACUGCUGCUGCGCCUUCCCGGGGGAUAAGAGGGGACAUGAACCCCUCAGCCGCCGGUUCCUGCUGGCCAUGAAGAGGCAGAACGUGCGGACGCUGUCCCUGAUCGUCUGCACGUUCACCUAUCUGCUGGUCGGGGCCGCGGUGUUUGACGCGCUCGAGUCGGACUACGAGAUGCGGGAGAAGGAGCAGCUGGAGGCUGAGGAAAAGCGCCUUCAGGGCAAGUACAACAUCAGUGAGGAUGACUAUAAAAAGCUGGAGACCAUCAUCAUGGAGGCCGAGCCGCACAGAGCAGGGGUCCAGUGGAAAUUUGCAGGGUCCUUCUACUUUGCCAUCACUGUCAUAACCACCAUAGGUUAUGGUCAUGCGGCUCCAGGUACAGAUGCUGGAAAGGCGUUCUGCAUGUUUUACGCAGUGCUUGGGAUCCCUCUGACACUGGUGAUGUUCCAAAGCCUUGGAGAGAGAAUGAACACCUUCGUCAAAUACAUGCUAAAGCGCAUCAAAAAGUGCUGUGGGAUGCGCAUCACAGAAGUCUCAAUGGAGAACAUGGUCACCGUGGGCUUCUUUUCCUGCAUGGGAACGCUCUGCAUCGGCGCGGCAGCUUUCUCCCAUUACGAGGACUGGAGUUUCUUUCAGUCCUAUUACUAUUGUUUCAUAACGCUCACCACCAUCGGGUUCGGGGACUUUGUGGCCCUGCAGAAGAACAAAGCUUUGCAGAGAAAGCCACUUUAUGUGGCGUUCAGCUUCAUGUACAUCCUAGUUGGCCUGACGGUCAUCGGGGCCUUUCUAAACCUGGUGGUCCUUCGUUUCCUGACCAUGAACAGCGAGGACGAGCGGCGGGAUGCCGAGGAGAGAGCUUCCCUGGUGGGUAACCGCAGUAGCAUGAUCAUCCACAUCCAGGAGGACACGCUCCAGAGGAGUCGAAGGAGACGAGAACAGCAGCAGCAGCGCUACAGAUCCGAGGUCAAUGAUCUCCAGUCCAUUUGCUCCUGCAUGCACUACCAUUCGCACGAGUUUGGGAGCUCAGUUGGCCUCGGGUUGGGAAUGGGAGGAGGAGGAUGCAGCGGCGGUGGCGCAUUUCAGCACCAGAACUCGUUCGGCUCACAGUUGAGCCCCCAUCAGUACCAUCACUACCACUCAACAGUAUCCUACCGCAUAGAGGAGAUCUCGCCGAGCACCCUGAAAAACAGCUUCCUUCCCUCCCCCAUAAGCUCUGUCUCACCCGGGCUUCACAGCUUCACGGAAAACCUCCGGCUGAUGAGAAGACGCAAGUCCAUCUGAGGACCAACGGCAAAUGCUCUACACACAUAUCCAAUGCUGCUGCUCUACCAAACCUCAUUCUGGCACUUUUUUCGUCAUUUUCAGGCUCUUGCAAGAUGACGUCAGACCAGCAGGACAUUUUAUCGCUCGGUGGAUAUAUUGGAACUUUGUUAAAAAGCAUGAAGCAUGGAUGUCUAUUUUUGCAGAAAACAUCGCCUGGGCCUUCUUCGCCCUUUUGAGCAGCACCUCAGUGGAUUUGGAUAUAAUAAUACUACCCUGAUAUCUUAUCAGAUGAUGCACACUUGUGUUUUGAAUUAUACAGAGGGAGAUAUAUAUAUAUAUAUAUAUAUAUAUACAUAUACAUAUAAUUUUUUAAGGGACUUGUGAAAAUGUGCAUUUUAUCAAAUGGUGAGCAACCUCUGGUUCUUUCUUGAGAUUCAAGUGCCACAACACCGAAGGAGAAAUAACGAUAAAACUGAUUUGAAAAGGACUACACAGUAUCAGGUAUUGUUUUCUAUAAGCAAUUCUAUUUAAGAAAAAUAAGACAUUGAUUCACAUCAUGCCAAAAUAUUGUUGCCAACCAUAGCAUGUGCACUAGUUGUCGUUUGAUGUACGUCAUUGUUUCUGUU